CCCGCGCUCGGUUCGCGGCGUGUAGUUGUUAUGGCCGGGUGUCUUUUGUGUCAGUUUCCGGUUAUAUACGUAUGAAACGCUUUGAACGUAGUAACCCCCAAGUCACUUACACUACCGUAAAGCUUUGGAAGAAGACUGCAGCAGAGGUGGGAGUCUGUGGAUGAAACAUUGGUUGCGCUCCUGUGAGAUCAUCCAUAAUGAGUGAGUUUCGUAUUCAUCAUGAUGUAAAUGAGCUCAUUAGCCUACUCCGUCUGCAUGGAACUGAGGGAGCGGAGGUUUACAUAGAUCUCUUACUGAAGAGUCGCACACCAUAUGUCACCACUAAUGUGUCUGCUCACAGUGCCAAGGUGAAAAUAGCUGAGUUUUCUGAGACACCGGAAGAUUUUCUCAAGAAGUAUGAAGAGUUAAAGUCGAAGAACACACGCAAUGUCGACCCACUGGUAUAUCUACUUUCCAAGCUUACUGAAGACAAAGAGACCCUUCUAUAUUUGCACCAGAAUCUUAAAGACAAGGCAGAAAUCAUCAUUACUGCUCCCUCUAGCAGCCUUCCUUUUUCUCCCAGCACCUCCAAGAUCUCCAUGCAAGAGCUUGAAGAGUUACGUAGGCAACUUGGAAGUGUAACAGCUUCAACAACUAGUGGCCCCCAGCUGGUGGAGGUUUUGCGGAAACAGCUCAGAGAUGUACUGAACAAGAAGAAUGUUGGACAGCAAAUUCCUGUGUUCCCAAAAUGGGUAUAUGAGCGACAAGCUCUGAUAGGGGAUUUCUCUUCUAUGUCCAAUACUAGUACAGAUAUCACAGUACCAAUAGGAACCCUUACUCUAGCUUCUCAGGAAGCAGCUAUAGUCGAGGACCUACUAUAUGUUCUUAUUGGAGUUGAUGGACGGUAUAUUACUGCACAACCCAUUGUGGGACGUCAGAUACGCUCUUUCUCAUUAGACUCAAACCUUGAUAUGUCUGUAAAGGAACUUGUCAACAGGAUACUACCUGUGGCUGCCAGCUAUUCUACUGUUACCAGAUUCAUUGAGGAAAAAGCUUCAUUUGAGUAUGGACAAGUGAAUCAUGCUUUGAGUGCUGCUAUGAGGAUAUUGGUAAAAGAAUACAUGAUCCUUGUUACACAACUGGAACACCUACAGAGGCAGGGGCUGCUUUCCCUGCAGAAAUUGUGGUUCUAUGUCCAGCCCACUCUUAGGACAAUGGAGGUUUUGGCAUCACUUGCCACUUCAUUAGAUAAAGGUGCGUGUCUGGGUGGAGCGACACUUAGUCUGCUGCAUGAUCGAACAUUUGGUUACACUGGAGAUACCCAGGCACAGGAGUUAUGCCUUUAUUUGACAAAGGCAGCUAGUACACCAUACUUUGAGAUCUUGGAAAAGUGGAUAUACAGGGGAAUCAUCAACGAUCCAUACAGUGAAUUUAUGAUAGAAGAACACGUGUUACAAAAAGAAAAAAUCCAAGAGGAUUAUAAUGACAAGUACUGGGAUCAGCGAUACACUAUUGUGCAACAGCAGAUCCCAUCAUUCCUUCAGAAGGUUGCAGACCAGAUCCUUAGUACAGGUAAAUAUCUUAAUGUAGUCAGAGAGUGUGGUCAUGAUGUCACAUGUCCUGAUGCCAAGGAAAUCAUUUAUACACUCAAGGAGCGUGUCUAUUUUGAACAGAUUGAGAAGGCAUAUAAUUAUGCCAGCAAAAUACUUUUGGAUUUUUUGAUGGAAGAGAAAGAGUUGACUGCUCAUCUUCGGUCAAUCAAGCAUUACUUUCUGAUGGAUCAAGGAGACUUCUUUGUUCAUUUUAUGGACCUCACAGAGGAAGAACUGAAGAAGACUGUGGAAGAUAUCAUCCCAACACGACUGGAGGCUUUAUUAGAACUGGCUUUGCGAAUGAGUACGGCAAAUACAGAUCCUUUUAAGGAUGAUCUAAAGAUUGAUCUUAUGCCACAUGACCUCAUCACUCAGCUUCUGCGUGUUCUUGCCAUUGAAACUUGCCAAGAAAAAGCCUUAAUUAAUGCUGACCCAACUGAGCUGUCACUGAGUGGAUUAGAAGCAUUCUCCUUUGAUUAUAUUGUUAAGUGGCCUCUUUCACUAAUAAUUAACAGGAAGGCUCUUACACGUUACCAGAUGCUUUUUCGGCACUUGUUCUAUUGCAAGCAUGUGGAGAGACUACUCUGCAAUAUAUGGAUCAGCAACAAGGCUUCCAAACAGUUCUCAUUACAUUCUGCCAAAUGGUUUGCAGGAGCAUUUACUCUCCGACAGAGGAUGUUAAACUUUGUACAAAAUAUUCAGUAUUACAUGAUGUUUGAAGUUAUGGAACCAACAUGGCAUAUCAUGGAGAAAAGCCUCAAAUCCGCUUCUAACAUAGAUGAGGUACUUGCUUACCACACAAGUUUCCUUGACAACUGUUUGAAGGAUUGCAUGCUUACCAAUCCAGAGCUUCUUAAGAUCUUCUCAAAGCUUAUGUCAGUUUGUGUUAUGUUCACAAACUGUAUGCAGAGGUUUACCCAGAGCAUGCAGGUGCAGACAGAGAUGGAGCGCCUGACAUUGGAGCAUGGCACAAUGAUGGGCCCCCCCAUGCAAAGUGAGAAAACAGAAGAGGCUAAGAAAAAGAAGCUUACCUCUAAGUUUCUUGCAGAACAUGUUGAUGCAUUUCAGUCUUCAACUGGUCUGGAGUCUACCAUCAAUAAUUUUGAUAGCAAUUUUUCUACACAUCUCAUGGACCUUCUUGAUAAGUUGAGUAUGUACAGCAACAAUGACUGUGAACACAGCAUGAUUAAUAUCAUAUAUAGGUUGGAUUUUAAUGGUUUUUACACAGAACGUUUGAAGAGUCUCUCUGCAGAAAGAAGCCAAAAGAUCCGCCCUCAGACAGGUCCUGUUUGAAAAGCAGUGACCACCCAUUGAUAAAUCACUGACAGAAAUGCCACAGAAAUAAUCUGACAGCCAUUUAAAUGUUUCCUUCUUGAACUGUAUGCUCUUUCAUGUUAUGCAUAAAUGAGCAGUAUUCCUUCCUCAUGUCAUGCAUAUAUAAGAAGCUUCCUUAAAGUAUAGCAGAAUAAGUGAAGAUAGUAAUAAGUGAAGUGAAGACAAAGGAAUGAAUGUAUGAAGAAAUGAUGUCCAUCAAAAUUUAUGUAAUCAGUAUUUUCUCUUCCUGUCUAGCUAUGAUUCAAGAUGAUCAUAUGAUGAUGACCACCCUUUUUCCUUUUUAAUACUUUUUUUUAUCUUGUUUCUCAUUGAUAACACAAAGGCAAGAAUAACUUACUUUCCUCUUCUCUAUUGUCUUGUUUAGAUUGAUCUUAUUGUAUUUUCUCUAUUCUCUAAGUAAUCUUAGCGUUUGUCAGAUUGGACUAUCAGGGAUGUUGCCAGGGUCUCAAAAGAUUUGGAGGCCCAAACCCCAAUGCAUAUGUGUUAAAAAAAAAAAAUCUAACCAACU